AUGACGUCGUCAUCAUCAUCUUCCCCAAAAAUCAGUGACGUCUCCUAUAUCUCUGAAUUCGUUUCGAAAUAUCAGAAAGGAAUGGAAAUGUCAUUUGUGAUUGACGGGAAGUCGAGAGUGUGCGAGUUCAAUCAAAAAAUGGGAAGUGUGGCGAUCCUUUUGUUUCAUAAGGAGAGGAAUCAGUUCUUGUUGGUUCGCCAGUUUAGACCAGCAAUAUUCACCUCUCACAUCGCGAAUCUUCCCGAGAAUCACGGCAAAGAAUUCUCGGAUAUCGAAUGGACAAGCUACGAUACAGAAGUCGGUUUCACCAUUGAACUGUGUGCGGGUCUAAUCGAUAAAGAGGGUCUGACACCUCGUCAGAUCGCAUCGGAAGAGAUUUCAGAGGAAUGUGGAUAUCGAGUGGAUUCAGAUGAUCUCAUUCAUAUUGUCACAUUCAUUGUGGGCGCUCAUCAAUCUGGAAAUUCUCAACAUUUAUUCUAUGCGGAGAUUGAUGAAACGAUGAAAAUUAGUGAGGGAGGAGGUAAUAUUCUGGAUGGAGAAGUCAUCACUAAAGUAUUUUAUUCUCUGGAAGACGCUAUGAGAAUUGCAAGACCGGGAAGAGGAGAACACGCUGAGGUCAAGGGACCCCCGGGGGUCAUCUUCGCAUUCCAGUGGUGGUUUUUUAUUUUGGAUCCGACCAAGAAAGGUCUCAUCGCUCGCCCACCAACCGACUACGAGUGGAAACCGUAUAAUCCGAAACCCAUUCACAGCAUCGAAUUCUCAACGGAUUUCGACAAGAAAAAGUACGGAUUCAAUCCGAAACGGAUGACUUUCACUAUGAACGGAAUAACUCGAAACUGGGAUCUCGCAUUAUGUCCGAAUACCACCACGUGUAUUCUUGUGGAUAUGGCCAAGAAGCAUCUCGUUUUAUUGCAGAAAAUGAGAGCUCCGGUAUUCAUUGGUCGAAGCCGUGCAAUGCCUGAGAACACUGGAAAAUCGUUGGAGGAGAUUCAAUUCUGGAAAUAUGAUGCGAAUAUGGCGUAUACGCUGGAACUCGUCGUGAAUCGUGUCCCCGACUACGAGGACCCGCGUAAAUUCGUGCGAAUCGCCGUCAAACAACUCGGCUACGAUCUCCCAGAGGAAUCAUUCCACCUUCAGGCGAAAUGUAUUCCAGGAAUCGGACAAUCCGGUGACACUCAAUUCAUUUACACUGCCGACGUGAGUAAGGCGAGAGUGUGUGAGAAAGAAGAGGACGAAGACGUCGAGGAGAUUCGAAUUCCAUUCAAUGAUUUGGCUUCGUUGUACAAACAACACUUGGUUGGACCUCCGACCACUUAUUAUGCCAUCGGAUUCGUGUUGGAUCAAUUGUUGGAUAGAGAUGUUCUUUAA